UGAACUUUUCCAUGGACCCUUUCAAAUACUUCGCACAUGAAAUGAAUGAAGAUAUAAAGGGAGAUAAUGAUGAUGAAGAUUCCGCUUGUACAAGGAUUUUAAUUUCUAGGAGUGAGAUAGAUAUGGCUGAUAUCCGAACUGCCUACGAUGCAGCUUAUGAGAAUGGACUUGAAUCGGCUCUAAGGAAAAAAUACAAGAAGAGAGAACAAAUGAUUAUGACGGCAUUAGCUAAUGGAAACCAGCCUUAGCAAAAACAAAUACAUUUGAAGAUAAAAAAAAUGAUUAAUCCUUCUCUUCAAAGAAAAAUGUAACUUUUCAAAAUUCUGUAUUGUACACUAUCAAUAUAUAAACACAAAUCAAUCAA